UGGCGGCCGUGUCAGCCCCGGCGCUGGUAUUCCAGCAAUGCGGGGCUGGCCGCUCGUACUGCCAGAGCCAGGCUAUAAGCAGCGAGUAUUGCUCCACUUUUGCUCGCUCCGUGCCUCUGCUCCGCCCCGUCCGCGCUCCCCGCGCUGCUGAGAUCAGCUUCCUGCUUUUCGUUUCCCUCGGAGCGGCGCAGUUACUCCUCCCCCGAAAGAGUUAUUUCCAUCGGUGCGGAGUGGAUCGGUGCGUGCGGCUGCGGCGCGGGGCUGUGGCAGGAUGGCAGAGCGCUGCGCGGAGAGCAGCGCCGUGACCGCCAGCCGGAGGUCACAGUAAUGAAAGGCAGUAGUAGGAAUAAGGAUCAUUCAACAGAAGGUGAAGGAACUGGGAAGCGACCAAAAAGGAAGUGUCUUCAGUGGCAUCCCCUGCUUGCUAAGAAACUCCUUGACUUCUCUGAAGAGGAAGAAGAGGAGGAAGAAGAGGAAGAUAUUGAUAAGGUGCCCCUCCUUGGCCCUGAUGGUUUAGAGCAGGAUGCUGAUGAGACUGAAGAUGACGAGUCGUCAGAGCAACGAGCUCGCCGACCAAUGAACGCGUUUCUCUUGUUCUGCAAACGCCACCGCUCUCUUGUGCGCAAAGAACACCCUCGCCUCGAUAAUCGUGGCGCAACCAAGAUCUUGGCAGAUUGGUGGUCUGUUCUAGAUCCAAAAGAAAAACAGAAAUACACUGACAUGGCCAAGGAGUACAAGGAUGCAUUUAUGAAAGCAAACCCAGGGUACAAGUGGUGCCCCACAACCAACAAACCUGUGAAAACCCAGGCAUCCAGUGUUACGAACAGGAAAAAGCUAUGGGCCAUUGCAUCAGACUCUGCAAAAGACUUGCCGAGCCCAAGGAAAGUAACCAAAAGUGAAGAAAUGCCACAACUUAACUUUGGGAUGGCAGAUCCUACACAAAUGGGAGGCCUGAGUAUGCUGCUUCUCGCAGGGGAACAUGCCCUUACUGCACAGGAGGUUUCCUCCAGUACUUGCCAGUCUGAUGCAUCUGAUUCUGCAGAAGCCUGUCAGAAGUCAUCAUUGUUUCAGUUUGCAGAGAUCUCUUCCAACACAUCACAGCCUGGAGUCCUGGGGGCAGUAAAACAAACGGAGGAGUCUGCGUUGUUCCAGUUUGCUGAGAUCUCAUCAAAUACUUCCCAGUUGCCAAGUCCCGAGCCAGUAAAGCACUGUGGGAAGUCGGCACUCUUCCAGUUGGCAGAGAUUUCUUCAAGUACAUCCCGUUCAGGGUCUUCUGAUUUAACAAAACAAUGUGGAACAUCAGCAUUAUUUCAGCUGGCAGAGAUGUGCCUUGCUUCAGAAGGGGUAAAAGUGAAAGAACCUGGGAAAACAAAAGUGGAAACACUGGAAGAUGAGGAAGGGGAAGUUUCAGAGGACAUGGAAGUAGAACUGGAGAAAACAACAGUAAAAGACUCCAGUAAAGGAAAAGUAGAACAAUUGGGGAUGGAGAAAAUGCAAAACCCAGAUGAAACAAAAGCUGAGGAAUCAGAAACUGCGAAAUGCAGAGAUUUUACAAGUCUUGCAAUGGAAAACAGUCCUUUUGAGAGAAAGGAUAGCACAAAGGAUCACAUGUGCCGUUCUCCAGAGCUUUUCAUGAGUGACAUGACUAUCCUUGGGCUAAAGCCGGAAAAGAUAAAGAAGAAAAAGAAAAAAAAUAAGCUGGACCGGCACACAAAUGAAAAAUCCACCCCCAAGAAAUCUUGUAAAAAGAGGCAGUCCUCCGAGUCGGACAUUGAAAGUGUAAUGUACACGAUUGAGGCUGUGGCCAAGGGGGACUGGGGUGCUGAGAGACUCGCGGAUACUCCCCGCAAAAAAAACCGCCCUGUCUCAAAUGUGAAGGGAAGCAUGUUGGAUACAAAAUCACCAAAGAAAAAAGUGAAAUCGAAAGAGAAGAAAACAUCAAAGGAGAAACCGAUGGAGACCACCAAAGAAUCAAAGCCUCCCGAUUUCCUUAGUAUUGAAGCCAGCAAGGAAGUACCGUGUGAGGCUUCUGAUAACAUUAAAGUGGAACCACUGACCCCAACAGAGGAGGUGGUGCCCCAAAGCUUACCAGAACAGGUCAAAACUGAGGACAGUGACUGUGUUAAAAAGAUAGAAACCUGUGGCUCCAGGAAAUCGGAGAGAUCUUGCAAAGGUGCUCUUUAUAAAACUCUGGUGUCAGAGGGCAUGCUCACAUCUCUGCGCGCUAAUGUGGACAGAGGAAAAAGAAGCUCAGGAAAAGGUAACUCCUCAGAUCAUGAAGGAUGCUGGAAUGAAGAAAUCUGGGCCUUUUCCCCAAGUGGGACAAGUGGGAACAAAAAACUGAAAAAGACUAAGCCAAAGGAAGAGUUUGUUUUUGGCAUAGCAAAAUUGGAAGAAGAAUUUGCAAAGAAAUUCAACAGCCUCCCUCAAUACAGUCCUAUUACCUUUGACAGGAAAAAUUCAGCUGUUUCGAGGAAAAAGCGAAAGAUUGGAAGCGGCUCAUGUGAACUACCAAAAUCCAACAAAGGUUCAUUCCAGUCUCAGAAAAAGAACUUAUUCCACAAAAUUGUCAGCAAAUUUAAGCACAGAAAGAAGCUUAAUGUUCCGGACACAGCCAUACUAUUAGAAGACAGAAAUUCCAGUGAGUCUGCCUGGAAGAAUAAAAUUUCUAUAUCUGCCCUAAACACUCCAGAGCCAGCAAUGAUGCAUGAGCCUUUAGUUGGCAGCCAGAAGAGGAAAGCAAGAAAAACUAAGAUCACACAUCUUGUCCGAACAGCAGAUGGGCGAGUGUCUCCAGCAGCAGGGACACUGGAGGACAAGCCAAAAGAGCUGCCACAAAGUACUCUUCAAAAAUCAUCAAGUGCAGAAACAGAUUGCAACAAUGAAUGCUCCAGAAACACAGAGACAGAAGAAAAUCAUAGUAUUACGUCAGAUAUGCCAGCAGUGUCUGCAUUUUUUAGCUUAGCUGCUCUGGCAGAAGUAGCAGCCAUGGAAAAUGUACACAGAAGUCAGAGGGCCACACCUCUCCCACAUGAUGGACAGCCAAAUGAAAUGUCUCAGGCUCCAGUGCUUAUUUCCUGCGCUGACCAGUGAAGCUCCACUUUAUUGUAAAACAUUGUGCUUUACCUAAUAUCCUAGCCUUGUCUUUACCAAGGGAAGCUAGUCAGUCCAUAUGAUGGAACUAGAGACUGCAAUAAAGUGCUUAUUGCUCUGAGUGGCCCAGAAUUCACUGGAAGCCAGACGUUAGCAACUUGGGCCAGGUCCUCAAAUUGGAACCCAGUAUGUAGGAGGGUGAUAUUGUCUAGUAAUGAACUGAAAUGGAGUGGAAUGAUCCCAGAGCUUGCUUUCUAUUGAAGGCUUUUAAACAGUAAACAGAUGGUUGGUGUGAAAAAGGCUGCCUUUACUGUUAGCUCACACAGCAUCUCUUUUACCAACCAGAGAGUAUGACAACUAGUUUCAUAUAAUACCUAGUUAUUCUAAAUGAAAAAGAAAAAAAAAAAAAACAAAAACACUGACGCACUGCACUAGUUACUAUUAGAUAUUCUUAGUCAUUUUUGUACAUGAAGAUUUAAGUUCUAAGAUGGUUUAUAUUAAUAGGUUAUGCCUACGUUUAUAUUGUAGAAUGAAUUUAAAACCUGUUCCAGAGAACUCAAGGCAGCCUGGACAGAUGUACCAUUGUUAGCGGUGUUUGGGCAGCCACGUGGUCCAGAUGUUCUGCACUUUUAUAUUUGCCACCAGAGUGGUAGAGUUUACUGGGAAAAGUUCUGACAGGCUAUGUUUGGGUUUGUUUCUUUUUAAUUUAGCUUUGAAUAACCAGGAUGAUGUGCAUUAGAAAAAGGAGUGGUGUAUGGAAAAGAAAAUACUGCAGAUAAUUGACUUGUCUUUCAUGCCUUGGAGGGUUCCUUUAUUUUUGCAUAGAUACCUGAGCGACUUGGUGAAACUUUCCUGCAAACAAAAAGUACUGCAAAUGUGUUUUUCAAAAGUGACCUUAGUAUUAUUUCACAGUUCUGAAUAAUUUAAAACCAUGACUUUCCAAUAUUGUGUACACCAAUACACAUACCUUUUACAUUUUACAGACACUGGCAUUGUUGUAGUUACUAUGCACAGUCCAAAUCAGCUUCAGAGUUUGCAUAAAGGGCCAAUUACAGUUCGUGUUGGUAAAGUGGAAAGCUGUAUACAGUUAAACUACAACUGAAGAGUAGUGUUUGACUCAAAUCAGACUACCAAACAGAUCCAUCUGCCAGUUUCUGUCUCUGCUUGUGUUGAAUUUUUGUGUUUUGCUCUCAUAAAUACAUCCCAAAAGCAGGCCAAGUGUAUCACUUGACCUGUUACCUUCACUAUUCUGGCUUACACUAUUAUAUAACCAAGCAUUGAUUCCUACCAGUAGAUGCAAAAUGAUCACUAGUAAUUGAUCUAAAGCUACAAAUUCAACAGGGUACUUCUUCUAUAGCACAAGAUGUUUCCCUACUUUUUGCAUUGUAGCACAACAAUUUACCAAAUUGGACUCCAGCAAUAAUUUUCUAUUAGUCUUCGUCAUACCGGCUGAACUUUUGAUAGUAUUAGAUUGAGUUUGAAGUUCUUUGAAUUAAGUCUUUAAAUGAUGCGAGUUUACAUCAUUCUAUCAGGCAUUCUUAUUUAUACUUGACUGAAUUGAUAAUGUGUUUUGAGGUUAUUUUGUAACUAAUUUGAUGUAAUAGCCAUAUGGACAGUAACUAUUAAUGCUUGCUAGGUUUAGCCUUUCAUUGUUGUAGUUAAGUGAAAGUCUCUGGUUCAGUGUCAGGAAACAAUAUACAAUGUACCACAAGAGUUUUAAGAAAGGAUUAAAGGUCUGACAAAAGGCACGUAGCUGGGGAAGUGUCACUGAAACAGCAACAUCGAGGAUGCAUGUGUUGGAAGAAGGGAACAACAGAAGAACAACAAAAUUUACAAACCAAUGAGUCAGUGAAAAGGCUUUUUUAAAAAUUCAGGUGAAUAAAUGUCUAAGAGCCCCUAGAAUGCCAUUGCAGCCUAUGGUGGUAUUUUAAAUAAGAUUUUAUUAAAUUUUUAUAAGUUAUUUUAACAAGACAGAAGAAAAUUAAAAGACUUAAAACUUGUGGGUCACAGCAGGGUGGCUGUUGGAGUUUUGGACCACUUUAUAAUUAGCUGAAAUCCAAAUAUGUUACAGUGCAGGCCGUUCACGUUGACAAUGGUACUAACUUAUUUCUCUAGAAACCUUUAGAGUAGAUCUAUUUUUGUCAAAGCACCCCAUCCUUCCUCAAUUUAAAUUUCAAUAUUGUUCCUGGAGAUAUUUCUGUAUAUUAAUGGUACCUUUUUUAAAAGAAACAGAAAAUUACUUUUUUCUAUAUGAAUUAAUAUCUUACUUGAUCUGCUUUUCCUUGACUUUCCCUUAGAGAGGGGGUAGGGUUGGGUCAGUUUACUGGAUAUGACUGUUUUCAGAUACUUAUAAACCUUUUUGUAGAUAUGCUUAAUUUUUAAGCGAUUAGGCACUGAGAGUAGCAGAAAUCCUGCAAAGCUUUAUAGUUCACUAGGCAUUUGCCUUUGUUGGUUCUCUGAGUGAUGUCUUGAUUUGAGUAGCUAGAAUUUUCCCUGAAUCUACUAGAAGGGGUAUCAGUAUUUUCAGGUAACAAAGUCUGUUAGCACAACAAAAACUUCAGACCAAUAUCUUACUGUAUUGGGGUUGGGUUUUUUCCUUGUUUGUUUUGUUUUAAUUUUUAUUAAUUUCAGCUGCUUUCAUUUUGGAAAAUCUUACUGCUAUUGUGUGUACUUCAGUAUACCAGCAAACACUGUUACCUGUUAACACGUUGUCCACAAAUGCCUCUAGAGAAGAAAUUGUUGCACCUUAUGUAUAUCUCAAGCAAACCAAAAUAUGAUGCUUUUCUGCUUUGUUUAUUCUGAAUAUGUUGUAUCAUACUUUACUGAACCCAUUUUAACUUAGCUAAAGCUAUCAAUAUUUAUGCAUUUCACAUUAUUUUCUGGAUCUGAACCUGUGUAUAAAUCUUUCUUUGAAAAAAAAAAAGACAAGCAUUUACUGUAGUUGUCCUCUGUGACUUAUCCAUGGGAGGGGGGGAAUCUUGUCUCAAGUGUAAAAUGCAGUACUGUCCCAGUUUUCCUUGACUUUUAUUUAUUUAGUCAUCUUCGAUAUUUCAUAGUUCCGAGGCAUACAAAAUGCAUUGUCUUAGCCAAAGCUACAGAUCUAAGUAGCUGGGAGAAAAUUACUGUAAUGUCUUCUUAAUUGUUCUAGUACUGUAUACAAAUAUGGGAAAUAUGUUCUGCAGAACAUUUGAGAUGCAGAUUCUUAUCCCCACAGUAGGCUGUUUUCCAGUUAUUAGACCAAAUUAAUCAAAACUCCAUAUCUUACAGGUCUUUUCUGACUAAAUUAUUCUGAAAACAUCUAUGGAGAUUACUUAAUGCUCUGCUUUUGGCAGUAACUACCCCUUGAAUGUGCUGGGAUUUCAGAAAAGAAUAUAUUUAUUUAAGCUCUCUGAAUGCUUUUUUAUACUAAUACAGUAUUCCAAAGUCAGGAGCAAGAGACUUGGUAGUUUGGGUUUCUAUUUUAUAGCAUUGGUGCAUGACUUUUGAAAUUAAAGUGAUAAGCGUUGUUGGAAAGGGGCACAAGAACAAGGGACUGGUAGAAGUUUGUGAAUUUGUGGUGUUUAAAUUCCAACUUUUGUCUUUAUUAUUUGGGUGAAAGCUGCCUUUGUAGCACAAGGCAGAAGAACAUUCUGCAGUUUGGAUCAAGUAGAGAGUUGUAAGUCACAUCAGUACAAGGGAAUGCCUUAUAGUUUUUAUGCUGUCUUUUGCAACAGGAUAUUAAUUGAACCAGUUUUAAUUUCCACUGCCUGUUUAGCUACUGUACAGAUAGGAACCAACUGAAAACAAGUUAUAGACAUGGGACAGCUAAGAGCAUAUAAGGAAAGCUGUCCUUUAUUCUAAAUAUGGCAACAUUAUGGCAACAAAGGGGAAUUAGAGAAUAAUUUAGAUAUGUAUAUAUAGGGGGGUGUGUGUGUGUGUGCACGUGUGUGUGCCUGGGUGUGUACAUUUUGCAAAAAAAUGAUGUAGAAAACCAGAAACAUGAUGGGUCUGCGAGACACUAUAAUGUAUGUCAGCCCUUUUGAGUGCACUCCCUUUUUUUUGAAUGCUGAGUUUAAUAUGGCUACCUCUCCUAAAAGACUACUUUUGUUAACUUCCAUUUGCUUUCAGGCUUGAUCAUGUAAUCUUUUUGGCCAUUGAUACCAUAUGUAUAUCGCUGUGUGCUUUAUUUUCCAGGAGUGAUGUUUAUAUAGUGCAGACACCAUAGAGGCUGAAUAUACAGUGGUAGCCAAACUGCGUUGCUGGAGCAUUUUUGUUUAACCUCUGCCACAGUCAUAUGGUUUGCAGGACCUGGGCCUGCUGGCUCUGCUUGGUUCAGUGAGAUCAGUUUUUGUAACAGCAGAAGAUGCAGUGCUCGUGGGGUGGUGACUUCUGAUGUUUCCAGAGGUGUAGAGUAAGCCACGUGCUGCUCUUGAAACUUCUGGAGUUUAUGUUCACAGUCCUGACUUUGCAAGGAAACAUAAGUGUGCAACUUGUGUGUUGUAUACCCUACAUUAUCCAUUAGAUGCUGUUUGUUUGCUGUGCUUGUUUAAUAGGUUGUAGAGCUCCUUUGCCAUGUUUUGCAAUGCUCAUGGCAUUCCCCGUACCUUGUGCGUAUUUUUUGAACUGUCAGCUACAGCUGCCAGGAUGCUGAGGCACUUCAGGACUCUGAGUGCCAUGAAUAAGACAUGUUUAGGCUGUGAAAGGGUUACAUGCCUCCUCCCCUGAACUCUCCAAGAAAAAGGCACAGUGAGGUUUAUGCUCUCACCGAAGUACUACCAUUGUCAUUUUUAUACUCAGUAUUCUGUACUGAAUUGAUAACUUUAAGAAGCUUGUGAGAUUGAUGUCUAUUUUAUGUUUCCCCACUAAUUCUUUGAUGGCAGAAAUCUAGGAAGACUUGACAUGAGAUCUCCACUCAGCAACACACCAAAGCUUAGGCUGGAAACCCUCCUUCCUUAAGGGGCAGCAUUGUUGUUGGCACUGUGACAGUGUGGGAGCCCCAAUCACGGACCACUAUGCUCUUGGAUUUUAGCUUGGGCUUGUGUGAUGUUCCUGGGGGAAGCACAUCAUCAUGACUUAGGGUCUUCAUUGAGGUGGAAUUUUAAAAAGGACUGCAAAUAGCUUAACAUUUGUGGAAUUCUUCCAAAGAAUUACAUUGUAAUUUCUGGGUCUUGGCUGUUAGCAUAUACCAGCAGGCCCUCACUAUACUCCACUGAAAAAACCACACCUGUUCAGGAAAACUGCCUGGGCUCCUGAAUGUAAUGGUCUAGUCUGCUCUUUUCAGCUCCACAGCUGAAACCUUGUUUGCCCCUCAGUACUGCUCUGCUCCAGUCAGUGGUUGGGUCUUUGAGGGUGACAAAAGCAGGAGAGGCACAUAUGUGCAUGUGUCUGCACAUGUGUACACAUACACACGUGAAAGUGUGCAGUGACUUCCAGCACGUACUCUGUACUGAAGUGCUCAUAAAACAACUUGAAGUUUCUCAGAUGGUAGUUUUCCAACUUCCUCGCUACAUUUUGAUAUCUUUUCUUCACAUUACACACCAUAAGGUGUGAGUUUCAAAAGUCACACCUGAAAAUAACACAGAUCCUGCUGACCUGGAUGCUACAAAAACCUUCUUUCUCAGCAGUGCUUGCUUUUAAUAACCAAUAUCUGUUGACAGUUUCAGCACAACUGAUUUGCUAUGGUCUUUCUUCUUGGAGCCCAAUCCUUCAACUUCUAUUCUCACAUGUAUUUCCACUGAAUUUGGACCUAGUAUAUGGUUUUAUUCUCUCCAAAGUUUGGUGUAAACAUGCCUUACAAUAGUUCAUCUCCAUCAAUAGUAUAACAGAGCUACUGCCUUCUUAGUCGUGUGUAGUUAAGUCAAUGAGCACAUUUAUAGAAUGUCAUACUUUAUUCAAAAACCUCUAAUUUGAUACUUUUAAGUGCACAUGUUAAGUCAUGUGUAUAACAUGCUAAAGUACAUUAAACUGUGAUAAUGAAACUGAAUAAAAUAUUUAAUAAAAUAUUUGAAAUAUUUGAUAAGGACCUUUAAAUAGAUUUCUUUAUGUUCAUUCUAUUUUGGUUAUCUAGUGUGUGCCUGUAAACAGUUUCCCGUUUAAAACUAAUGAUUGCAAAUAAAUACUAUUCAAAUGGAGCUUCUUUGAUACUUCACCUGCUUUACCAUCAAAUGAUUGUUUACUUUAACAUAUGGUUGAGUUAGAGUAUUUGCAGAAUUUGUUUUUAGCUACAGUAUGAACUUGUUGGGUUAUUUAUAUUUAAACAAGCUCAUUUUCACCUGAAAUUGGAAGAUGCCAAAACCCAGAGGUGGAUCCUCAGAACUGUAAGCUGUAGUUUCCUGUCAGAUCAUCCACUCAGCUUCUACACAGUGAUUGUGAAGAUGUCAUUUACUUUGCAAAGAACUUCUGCCCAGUUGUUCUUCCUUACAUGUGUCUAUACUGGGAGCUUCCAUUUUAUUUUUUAAAACUUCUGAGCCUGGCUCAGCACUGCUGAUACUGUUUAGAAGAUCCACAGAUCCAUUCAGCUGCCCCAGAAUUCUGUGGACUUACAUCACAUGAAGCUGGAGAUUGUGGGACAGAAAGAGCUAGGACUCCGUGCAGUUAGGCUUUGGAAGAAAAGUUUGCCUUUUCUUCUGAGCUUUCUAGUUCAUGUUUGUGGAUUUUUUCUUCUUUGCACAGUUGGGAAGCUUGUUGAUAGUCAACAAAGAUAAAAGAAAAGUCAUCCCACAGAAUGAGCCCUUGCUAUGAUUUCAGUCUUUGCACAUUAGAGAACUUACUCAGAAACAGUUUCUCUUUUAGAAAUAAUAGCAAGUGACAUCAAUGCUUAAACUUAACAAUAGUAGGUUCCCACUACUUUGGAAACUUGUUUAAACCAGGAAUCUGCUCUGCCCACAUAUUUUACCCUCUUGGGCCUUGAAAAUUAGACUGUUUGGAUCUUCUCUUUUUCUGUCCUUGGAUGCCUGAAACUUCCUUGAUUGCAAUGUAUUUUUUGAUCACAGAAGACUCCAGAACAGACUUCAUGAAGCCAGUAGACACUGGGUGUUCACAUGGGAGCAGAUCUCCUGUCUCUGAGUCAAAGGCAGCAGAAGGGAAACCUUUUGGUUUGUGGCUUUUUUUAUCCAUGUGCUAUUUACUCAGGAAAGAAGAAAUGUAUGCAAUCUUGCACUGCCUUUACUGGGUAUGCGUCAGUAUCUCUGCAAAGAAACACCAGGAAUGGAAAUGCUUCAGCCUUAAAGGCCAUGUAAAGGUCCUGGGGAAGGGGAAGGAAAGUUCUGAUUCAGUGAGCAAAAAAAGUGGAAGAAAUUUCAAGAAAUGCGUGUUCUGUCAGUAUUGGAUGCCCAGUCAGGGACCUUGAAGUUACUGUUCACUUUUUUUUAUUACUUAAUUUCCUUAAAACAGUCAUCUUCCUUCCUUGAAAUCUCAUCUUUUCUCCUCUGCUCUCUUUUGGUUCUUCCAACUAAAGACCUGCUGAAUUCAGCUAAUUCUCAGUGCAUCUAGAUUGCUGGUUUGUUACCCAGCUGUCACUCAGGUUGCUUUUUGCAGCUGCAUGACAUUACACUAACUCUUAACUGUCAGGUAAGGUAAAUUUCCACUAAAACUUCUGGAAAAACACAGGGUGGAAAGGCAUCAUCCGACUCAAGCAGCACGCUUUGCUAGACACUGCUGUUCUCCCCUUGGUACCGUUUGUUGGGUCCCUUUCAUUGUUCAUCCCAGAGUUUUUUAAUGUACAACUAACCCUGCUUUCAGAGAGACUUUUUUCCUACAAUGUGACAACGUGGAGUGAGACACACAGUAUACCUGGGCAUACAGUAGCCAUGCUGUACACCAGCUCAUGGGGCUGUCGAUUCUCCAGUAGGAACUAGCACUUUGUAACAAAAUUCGAGAUGCGUUCCUAUCUCUGCUGCAAAGUUCUGUUUUGUUUUGUUUUCUGAAA